AUGCGUUUUCCAAUAUCCGCCGCAUUUCUUUUUAUACAUAGCAUACGCCAUGUCCACUCUUUAGAAGGCAGAGCACCGUCUCGCAUUGCAAUCACUUCUCACGUUCUUCCGCUCGUCGCAGCGCCGCAUCCCCAUCCCAUACUCCCAUCAUCACAGCACCUGCACAAACGUCGCAACGGCAUCAUCUCCAUCCUCAACGUCUCGAAUCUAGAUGACGACGAAACUGUCCGGGAGGAUGAGCUCGCAGACAUCCAGCAAGACGUCCUCACCCUCGGCGGCCGUGUCUACAUGACGAACAUAACGCUCGCCUCGCAGCCCUACACCGUGGUCAUCGACACCGGUUCCUCAGAUACCUGGAUUGCGUCUUCGACUUUCCAGUGCGUAUCCCGCUUCUCCUCUGCCGUACUCUCCCAGCCCGCCUGCGGCUUUGGUGCCUUGUUCGAUAAGGAUGAGAGUAAAACGUACGUCAAGAUCCCGACGCAUACUUUUGGCGUUAGUUAUACGGAUGGCGAGUUCUUGACGGGUGAGAUGGGGACGGAGGUGCUGGGUAUUGGUGGGGCUGAGGAUGGCGGGCAGGGAGAGGGGUUGGAAGUCCGACAGACGAUUGGCGUUGUAGAGCAGGGGUGGUGGAUGGGAGACCGGAUUAGUAGUGGGUUGAUGGGAUUGGCGUAUCCGACGCUGGCGAGCAACGUGAGGGAUCUGAAUUAUACGAGUGUGGUGUUUAGUUUGUUCGAAGGCGGCACCGUGCCCCCAGUCUUCAGUCUCGCCCUCAGCCGUCCUACGAAAGAGAACCCAGUUGCUGGAGGUCUCCUUGCCAUAGGCGGCAUCCCGGAUAUCCCGCACGACGGCGACUUCGUCAGCGUGCCCAUCCGCCCCAUAAUCUCAAACACAUACGCCUUCUACUCCGUCCCCGUAGACGGCUUCGACAUCACGCCCCCUACCCCAACCCCCCGCCACCGCGCCGCCCGCCAACAGCCCCAAACCGGCCUCACAAAUGCGUCCAACGCCGGCCUAAACAUGAUCAUCGACUCCGGCAGCAGCCUGCUCUACAUCCCGGACUCCACCGCAGACUACAUCGCCUCGCUCUUCUCGCCGCGCGCCGUCUUCGCGCCCAGCAGUAACACGUAUCUCGUCCCGUGCUCGGCCAGCGCGCCGCGCGUGGGCGUUAUUAUCGGCGGGAAGAGCUUUUGGAUGCAUGAGGAUGAUUUGAUGAAUAGGGGACCGGGCGCGGUGGGGACGGGUGGGAUUGGGAUUUGCACGCUGGCGGUGCAGAGGCAGGGCGCAGGCGAUGCGGUGUUGGGGGAUAGUUGGUUGAAGGGGGUGUUGGCGGUUUUUGAUGUCGGGGCGAAUGAGAUGAGGUUUUCGGGGAGGGAGGGGUAG